CUUCGCUGGAUGCGGCGUCCCCCAAACCUCUAGGUGGGGCCGACUCUUGGAAGCGCCGGAAGCGGAAGUUGCUAAGAGGUGGAGCGUUGUUGGGAGUGUCGGGAUAAAUUCGCGCUUCUUGGGGAAAGCGCGGUUGGGAAACCUCGUCCGCGUUGCUCCUCUGGCUGCAAGGCCCAAACCCUCAGCGGAGGAGUGUGGUACCCGGUGCUUCGACUCUUUCCCUAGGGUCCUUGUGACCCCCUGGUUCCAGGAGUCUCCUAUCGCUUCCUUGGAGUGAGGCCCGUCCCGCUUCCUGGUGGUCCCUGCAGACCCCCGCCAUGGGCAACACGAGCAGCGAGCGCGCCGCGCUGGAGCGGCAGGGUGGCCAUAAGACCCCCCGAAGGGACAGCUCGGGAGGCAGCAAGGAUGGGGACAGACCCAAGAUACUGAUGGACAGCCCCGAGGACGCCGACCUCUUCCACUCCGAGGAAAUCAAGGCUCCAGAAAAGGAGGAAUUCCUGGCCUGGCAGCAUGAUCUGGAAGUGAAUGAUAAAGCUCCAGCCCAGGCUCGACCAACUGUAUUUCGCUGGACAGGGGGUGGAAAGGAAGUUUACUUAUCUGGGUCCUUCAACAACUGGAGUAAACUGCCCCUCACAAGAAGCCACAAUAACUUUGUAGCCAUCCUGGAUUUGCCUGAAGGAGAGCAUCAGUACAAGUUCUUUGUGGAUGGUCAGUGGACACACGACCCUUCUGAGCCAAUAGUAACCAGCCAGCUUGGCACAGUUAACAACAUCAUUCAAGUGAAGAAAACUGAUUUUGAAGUAUUUGAUGCUUUAAUGGUGGAUUCCCAAAAGUGCUCCGAUGUGUCUGAGCUGUCCAGUUCCCCGCCAGGACCCUACCAUCAGGAGCCCUACAUCUCGAAACCGGAAGAACGGUUUAAAGCACCACCCAUUCUCCCCCCUCAUCUGCUCCAGGUCAUCUUGAACAAAGACACGGGGAUUUCGUGUGAUCCCGCUUUGCUCCCAGAGCCCAACCACGUCAUGCUAAACCACCUUUAUGCGCUUUCUAUCAAGGAUGGAGUGAUGGUGCUCAGCGCAACCCACCGAUACAAGAAAAAAUAUGUCACCACCUUGUUAUACAAGCCCAUAUGAAGAGCUGGGAGCCAGCAGUGGGCCCCAGAGAACAGUUAGGACCACCAGGCUCCACAUGCGCAUGCUUUCCGCUAGAGGGAAUGGACUGUAAAGUUUUCACUUCACGCUCUUCAUAAGACAUUUCAUACCUGCCCUUGUCCUGCUUGAAGGUUUGUUCCAGGCACAGAGCUCUUGAAGUGCCUCAGUGUAUAAACAGCCCUCUUAGCACCUGGUGGCUGUGAGCCUCGGGGCUCCUCAAGGCAGAGAACAGAAUAAGGGAAGGCCGAGGCUGCAGCCCCCACACCACGGUGCUUGAGGACAGGUGCGAUUCUAAAUAUACGUCCUCUAAACUGGUCAUGGAGAUUUUUGUUAAGCCAAAAAUGAACACUAGCCACUUUGCUAGUAAAAAUCUGGGAAGCAGAGACCAAGGCUCACAAAACUUCUAAUCAUACAUGUUUUUAAAGCCAUCAGCAUAUCCCUACUGAGGUCUAGCUGUGGAUGUAACAGCAGGUAUACCCACACAUAAAUGUUGGUCUUGCCUGUCCUGUGAAAUCAAAGCAAUAGAGGUUCUACCAUUCUCUGCUCCAGGGAGGUAUAAUUUCUAAAGAAAUUAGAACCUGUCUGAUUUCCAGAUGAAGUUUUACAAUCGUUUCUUGCACUUAUGUGCACUGAGUACUUUUUUAACCAGAGGUGGCUGACUAUACAGCCUUAGUGUAACUUUUAAAUCACCCCGACUAGAAUAUAGAUCAUGUGAACUGUGCUCAGCAAUAAUUUGUUCCCAAACCAGACUUGAAAACUGCCGCCUGAUGCUGGAUGAUCCUGAGAACUGAUCACUCUUAGCUGGAAGGUUAUCCAGCUUUUUAUUCUAAUCAUAAUGCUGUGACAGUGUUACCAUGAAUGAAAACUUCGGAGAAGCACCCUACCCUAGCCUAUGCCACCUGUCAGGACCUCUGUCCCUGUUUAUAAAGAAGGCUGUAGCAACUGCUGUUGCUUAUUCUGGAAGGCACUUAGAACUCGACAGCAGCUGAGUCUGUGUGGGGAAGACCUCCUUUGGACCAAAGCAAACCUCUUCACAUGCAGCUUGGUUUCCACUGAGCUGCUGCAGAGGUGCCUGCUUGCACAGGCUCCUGUCCCUGCGUCGGCAGCACUGUCAUCAUGCCCUGUAAUCCUGCUGGGAGAUGGGGGGACAAGUUCCCUGGUUUCCAGUAUUUAUUUGGUAAACCUGAGUCCAAGGUACCCUUUUUUGUUAGUCUUUUCAAGACACUGAAUUACUGUCACCUUGAUGUACAGGUUUCAAUAAAGCUUUGUAAAGAUAACAGGA